AUGUCGAGUCGUUUUGAAGCUUUAUUAGACCGGACUUUAGGUUCAGUUCCUGCAGAAAAAGAGUUAGCGGACAUUGAGUUUGUCACAUCGAAUCUCAAGAGUAUAGAGGAAUUAGAUAUAUACUCCAAAAAGCAACGCACUAUAACUAACAAAAUACUGGACACCAUUUCAGAGCUUUUAAAUGAAUUUGGAGAGUUGUCGGACUUACAAUCAACGCAUCAGACAUCAAAUAAAGAAGAGGCGAUCACUCAGAGUCACUCAAUAAAUUUCAUUUUAUUUGUCCAAGGAUCACUUCAAGUGAUGCGAGAGGAACUAGUGAAAGGGUUUGCGAAACAAAUGGAGUAUAUCAUCGGUUCGAUUAAUGAAGCAAAAAGCACGUUUCAGAAGAAUCAAAAGAAACCCGUCGACUCCCUUGAGUGUCUGACUAUCGCAAAAGCUCAACUCGACAAAAUCAUCGAGAAGAGAAAUCAAAUCAUUUUGUCCCAUCAACUCAUCGCGUUCAGUUCCCUUGCAAAUGCUAUUCAAAACAACUUCCAACACAACCACGAGCUUUCCGAUAAAAUCGCGGAGAUCGACAAUUUAGAGGAUGAGGCAGACUCAACCGUAUUAAAAGCAGUGUCAUACUCACAACACACACUUGGCGAGAUUUUGGACGCAGAGAAGCGGAAACGCACCGAACUGCCAAAAGCAAUUGAACAGCUCAUUGAAGUGAUCUCAACAAAGCACUACCUGUCUGAAGGGAUAUUUCGAACAAAUGCUGCAAGUACAAGUGUGAAUGACAUUUGUUUAAAAAUGGCAGUUACUGACUUCUCCGUCUUACCAGCAGAUUUACUCGCAGGCGUUUUAAAAAAAUUUGUGAGGAAUUUGCCGUCGAUGUUGUUUUCCAAUUUGUUAGCCAAAGACAUUCUCAUAGCUUUUCAAGCGUCACCAACACCAGAACAAAAGAUUUCGAAUCUAAAAACACUCUUUGACACCCCAAAAUGGGUGCCACCAGAGAAAUUGGUACUUUUCAAAGCAAUUUGUAUUAUGUGUCAUAUCAUAGCAUCACAUAGCGACGUCAAUUUAAUGAAUGAAAAGAACUUGUCAGUGUGUUGGACGCCUACUAUGUUCAGUGUAAGCACGGAAGAGCUCUCUCAAUAUUUGGCUUUGAUGGAGUUCAUCAUCAAAGAGUCCGACGAGAUCUUUAAAAGGAAAAACGUGAAGAAAAUUGGGACGCGGAAAACACAAAUCCCUGAAAGCCAACGACUCAAACUCGUCGCUCCCGAGCCAGAAUUGACAAACUCAUUGUUAAGUUCCUCACCACAACAAACCGCUUUUAUCAAUACAUCUCCAAAUGUCAACACAUCUGCUCCUAAAUUUGCGAUGGGGUAUCAUCAAAGAGAUUCAAAAGACUCUAAAGAGGCGCACGACUUGAAAGAACCAAGACUUUCAAAAGACUCUCAAGAAGCUAAAGAAGUCAAAGACACAUUAGAAUCAAAGGAUUGCAAAGAUCUUCAAGACUUGAAAGAACAAGAAGAAAUGAAAGACCCAAUGGACCUUCAAGAAGAGCAUCAAAAAGAGAAAGAAAAACCCGCGAUAGAACAGUUCAGACCGCUCAACAUCGGGAUGAAUAGAAAUCGACAAAAGAACAGUCAGGAUCUUUGA